ACUCAAUCUCUCACAACCCAUUUGUCCCUUCCAUUCCCUCCCUCAAAACCCACGCCCAAAAUCCAAUCUUUCAAUCACGUAAAACCGAACCCAUUUCGCAGAACUCUAUUUAGAACCCUAAGAUGCUCGCUUUCGGCGGUUUCGGAGCCGACCCAGGUGGAAACGAAGACGCACAGCCACAGGCCGGUUCCGGCUGAGGUUUCUAGGACAAUUAUGGAGUUGGUGUCUGUGGGCACGCUUUCUACUCUGACCCAAGAGGGUUGGCCCUUGGGCAUUGGCGUCCGGUUCGCCGUCGACCCAGAAGGGACUCCGGUGUUGUGCUUGAAUGCCUCUAAUCGGCAGUUUUCUAUUGACAGGAGGUCUAGCUUCCAUGUCCAGUUAGAGCAAAGCGGGCUGCGAACACCUCAGUGCACGAUUUUAGGCAGCAUUGACAAACCGGAAGACAGGGCAAUGUUGAAGUUUUUGCACAGACAUGAGUUCCAGCAUAUGUGGCUGGAUUUAUUUACUGGACUCAGUCCUCCGACAAAGCAUACACAGGCCCACUACCUUCGUUCGGUAUGGAAAAAGAGGUUUGGAGAAGAAGUUGAUGAAGAGCUCAUAUAUGAUGAAGAGCUCCUGACUCCGUUGUUGAUGGAAGGAUCUGUCCGAUGA